AUUAAGAAGCAGCACAAGUAAGUGUAUAAUAAAGUAAGUUGAUAAAAACCUUUGGUGAGAAACUCCUUGUGCUCUCGUAAUGCAGAACCACAACAUUCCACCCUGAAGCAACCAAAUGCUCCAUACUCAGUUAUGUAUAAUGCAAGUGUACACCCAUCCUUGAGACCAGCAGAAACAAACAAUGAAGCCAACCUUGCUCGAGGACCAGAAUAUUAUGAGUCUAUGCAGGUAGAUCCUCACUUAAAGCCAAGUCAGAUAAAUAGUGACUCCAACUCUGAACAAGAGCCACAAUGCUUGGGUCCUUUUGUAGAAUUGUCAAGCAUCAAGUGUCCUAAAUGCUUUGUGGUACUGACAGAGUAUUAUCAACUUAUCAGUCAUUCUUGUAUUGAUGAACACAUUUGGAGUGAGGCAAGUAAAACAAAACUUAAAUGCUGCUUUUGUGAGAAGGAGUAUAGUACUGUGUCUGCUUUGAAAAGACAUAUUAAAACAUAUGUUCGAAAGACAUAUGUGAAGUGUAGCAUUUGUGGACUGCGCCUUACCAAUGAAUUUUCUUUCAAAACACAUGCACUAACACAUACAAAUCAGUGGCCAUAUCGCUGUGAUAUCUGUGGUCAAGGGUCCGUAUCAGAAUAUCACUUGGGACUCCAUAAAACGAUUCAUACAAAUGAAAAGCCUUGGAUGUGUGAUGUCUGUGGAGCUAUGUUUCCAAAUCAAGCAAGAUUAAAUGGUCACAAAAUAUUUCACUCGGAAAAGAGAUAUGAAUGUGACUUGUGUUUUGCAAAGUUUAGAGGACAUUAUCAAGUUAAAGAACAUAAGAAGAAGGUGCACUCUGCCAGGAAAAAGAAUUUUAAGUGUGAACACUGCAGCUCAGCUUUUACAUCUAAAUAUUUUAUGAAGUUGCACAAAGAAAUGAAACAUGAUGAUAAUUCAGGUGGAGAAAGCUUCUUUUGUUCUGUAUGUAACAGAGAAUUUAAACAUAGAUUUGCUUUCAAUAGACACAUGUAUAAGCAUAAACUUCGGAAUGAAAAUGUAAUAUACACAUGUGACAUGUGUAAGAGGAAUUUUGCAACAAAAUCCUCUCUGACUAGGCACAUUUUAGAACACAGUGGAAAACAGUUCAGUUGUACUCAUUGUGGAAUGUUAUUUACACAACAAAGUAGUGUAAAAAGGCAUAUGCUUAAACUGCAUUGCAGCGAUGGAUGAUACUUUGAUAUGUUUGAUUAUGUGGAAAAGACAAAGAAAAAGCAUACAAGUCUACAAGAUUUUGUGGCCAUUGUCACUGUUAAAAUCUUAUGAGUAGUUGGAUGCACUAUACUCCUCUUCAAAAUUCUUAAAUACUCAACUUUUUCAUCCCUCUUGUUGAUGUCCCCAGAUGGCAGAACAUGUCAAAAGGCAGUGUCAUGUUCACUUAUAAAAGGCUGUUUUCUUGCACUUCUUCAAAGAAUUCGUGUUAUUGGAUACAAAAAUCUUAAGGCUGCUAAUGAUGAGCAGUCGUCAUUGGGCAAAUACUGAUACAGAUAAGGAAAGGAGGAGGGGGCAGAGAUGUUUAAAAAAAUUAAAUUGUUUUCAUCCAACCAAACUAGCUUGCUGGUAAUAUUUACUUCCUUGAUGACAGGUAGCCAUGAAGCCAGAAUUCCUUUAUACCUGUUGUUGUAAACGCUCUAUAAAAAUGCCUGAUGGACAUUUGAGCUCACGAUACACAGGCUUUGGAAACAGUUUAUGAACAAGCAAGGUCAUAAGAAAAUUGAAAAAUGUGUUAUGACUAGACUUGUUAGUAAGCACUCUUAUCAAGUUCCUAAUGCCCUGAAUAUGUGUCACUCCCAAAAUAUUUGGGUUACCAAAGGUAGACAAAGAAGGGUGUCCACUGAGAACUAUUGUGAACAGGAUUAACUCUCCAACGUGUUUCUAGCAGGUCAGUUAUCAGAGAAGUAAAUCAUCUUGUCAGAAAAAAAUGAACACUUUUGUGAGGGAUUAUGAACAUUUUUUAUUAAUAUUGCGAAGGAUUCCAACCAUUUGUUAUAAACAGUAUGCAUAGUUAAGGUAUCCACAACUGUCAUCUUGCUGAGCUUCGAUGUGAAAGCCCUUUCUUCUAACAUUCCAGCAGCAGAUACUGUGGAGUUCACUGGAGGCAAAAUUGCUGUGGAUAUAUGUGAUCUGGUCAAAAUCUGCAAGCAAUUCAGCUUAUUUUAAACAUAAAUGAGAGUUUUGUUAACACUGUCACGAUGUUGCUCACUUUUGUUGUCAUUAGCAGCUGGCAUUUCCAUACAACAUUCUGAGGAUUAGCCAUAAACAAGAUGAAUGAAGAAGCUUCCUCACAUUCUGUAAAGUUACAAGUUGUUAGUAGAGUAAUCAACCGGUUAGGGACAAUCCUCUAUAAGAAUGGCAUAAGGGUUAGUUUUUCAGUCAGUACAAAAUAAAAGAUUUUCUCAUAUUUAGAAUGUAUAACAGUAAUUACUCCAACAUCACAGGAGUAGAGGAAAUGAUAUGUGAUUGCGUUACAGAAUAUAUAGGCGAAACUGGGUAGAUAUUUAAGUAACAUGUUAAAGAGCAUGAAUGCCCCGCACAUUUACAACAAAGGUUAAAGUCUGCAGUACAGGAGCACCGAGACAAGUGUGGCACCAAGACGAGUGUGACAGAGAUAUAGAUUUUAAUAACAUAAGAGUUAUAGCUAAAGAAAGUAAUACAUGUAAAAGGAAACUCUGAGUGGCAGUUGAAACCUAGAAGAAUGAGUGAAUUAUUGAUAGAGAUGAUGGCUACAGGCUUGUGGCCGUUGUGGCUAUCUGCUACCAAGGAAGUAAAUACGUAGGCUAUGCUGUGCGAGGAAAAUAAACAACAGUCAGGACAAAUACUCAGUAACAUUUUUAUAAAAAUCCCCAGCUCCUAUUAGUAUUCACCUGGGCACCAAUGGCAGCAGAAGAUUUUUCGCCAAUUACUCCACUUUUCCGAAAAAGUGUGGGAAAACAGCCUUUUUUAUAAGUGAACAUACCAUUGUUUUUCAAGUGUUGAACAUUCAGGGUACACCAGAACCUCCUGUAAAAGAUCCCUGAAGAGGGAUUGAAACAUAAAGUAUUUUAGCGAAGAAGAAUGUGAUGCGGUGUAACAGCACAAAAAUUUUUACUGUAAAUGGGAAGCAGCCAUGAACAGAAAUCAUCAUGCAUACACAAAUUUCUGUGUAGCAAUUUUAUAAGAAAUUAUUGUCCAUUAUAAUGUAAGUGUUCUUUUCUUCUUUCAAAUGAUGUCAUUGGAAUUUUGAACCAACACAAGAAAACUAUAUUGUGAUGUUCUUUGUUGUAUAUAUGUGCCAUAAAAUGUAAUAUA